CCGUGAGUAGAAGUUCAGCAACAAAACCGGGCAAAGCCUUGGCCGUUUGCCUUCGGUUCGGAGACAGCAAAAAAAAAACACUAAGAAGUGGGAAAGCUAGUACAUGUGCAUUGUAUAGGCAACGAAAAGGAAGAAGAAGCAGCAGGAAAAAAACGGUGGAAAAUUGCUUCUCAUUGGAAAAUUGUCCUUGCUCUGGAUGUGUGUGGGGUGUAGUGAUUAAUCGGGGGUGAACGAUUCUGGGGGGAUUGAGAAUCGAUUUCAAUUAGUGAUUCGUAGUGAUUGUUCUGCUGGGGGGAUUAAAGUUGAGGAAAAAAGGAUCGACCGUUGCUUGAUUCCGCAACAUUUGUGAAACGACGACGUCUGCCAGAGCCCUCAUUCGGUAACAUGGCUGAUGGUCUGUAAAUGGGAAAGCAAAAUUUGCCUCCAAUGAAGCAAAACCAGCAGGAAAACUAUCGAAUUUAACAGUCCGCCCAACUGGAAUGUAAAAGCACUACGAAAGGAAAGCAAUUUAAACGGUUUCGAUUUGACGGAAGUGUUGUUCGGGGUGAAAAAUUGAAGGUUUUUCCACCCGAUUUUAUUGUAACCAAAUUACAAUCAAAUCCUUUACGGAAAAGCAAGCAAAUUGUGGGUGUGUGAGUGGAAAAUUCCAAGGAUUCAAGGAUACCACUCUGAAAUUGUUAAAGCAAAAAAAAACAAGUUGAAGGAUAUCAGCAGCAGCAGCAGCAGCAAACAAGAACGUGAGGCACUCUUUCUCACUCGGUCUGUGUGUAUUCGCCGUCUUUUUCUCUCGGCCUCUCUCGUUCUCACUUUCACUCAGUGUUGUGUUGUGUGUGAAGGAAUUUCUGCUGCGGAGUCGCGGAGUCAUCAGCCCUUUGGCCAGUCAACGGAGUCCAGUUCCAGAAUCUGCUGCCAAGCUACAGUGUGUGAGUUUUUGCCAAGCUAAGCUAAGCCAAGCUGAUUUUCGGUGCGGGGAUCGCUAAACACCAGCAGGAAGACAAAUUCAGACAUGAUAAAUCAACAAACUAUCUGGUCGAAUAUUGAUGGAUGUUGACCGUUGUUGAUAUCAGAAGCGUUUCGAGAAAGCAACCCUCCUAAAGAUUCACCACUUGCGAUCCACCAAUCGCUGCAGUGCUUCCACUAGUAUAAUAGUAAACAAAAACAUUCGCAAAACGCCCACCACCACCACCGACAUAGCAAAAACUUCGCUCUCUUCCGGUGCCAAAACGUCAUGACCGGAUGCGAGGUAUGGUUUCCGGAGUUACGAUGCACGGGCUGAGUCACCUGCAAUCCGGCUCAACCCUGGAGGCACUCACACAGGCAACGAUCAUUCUCAUCUUAGCGGUCGCCAUCAUCGUAGCCAAUCUCAUCGUGGUUGCCACAUAUCUUAACUUUAAGGGACCCCAUGAGGUUAUAAACUACUACCUGCUCUCGCUGGGCGUUGCCGAUCUACUAUGCGGUCUGUGCGUCGUCCCGCUGUCCGUGUAUCCGGCCUUCUACGGCGACUGGGUGUACGGCGAUGUGCUGUGUCGCUUCGCCGGCUACCUCGAGGUCACGCUCUGGUCGAUCUCGGUCUACACCUUCAUGUGGAUCUCGGUCGACCGCUAUCUGGCAGUUAGGAAACCGCUCCGUUACGAAACCAUACAAACCAAGACAAGAUGCCAAUGCUGGAUGGCGUUCACGUGGAUCUCGGCCGCUAUGCUAUGCUGUCCACCGUUGCUUGGCUACAACAAGGCCAUCUACGACAAAUCCACCCACAUCUGCAUGCUCGAGUGGGGCAACAUGGCCGCCUAUAGUGCAACGCUGGCAAUCCUGGUCCUGGGGCCGAGUGUAAUCUCGAUCGUUUACAACUAUGGUUAUAUUUUUACAAUGAUGCGUAAAGUGCGAUCGGGAGCACCGAUCCAUGAUAAGGAGUACGCCACGGCACUGGCCGAGAAUCUGGCCAAUCCGAGCCACUGUAUGUCCUUUGCAUUGGUAUUCUCCUUCUGGGUGUCGUGGGGUCCGUACAUCGGACUGCGGAUCUACGAUCUGAUCUCGGAGGAACCGUUCGACCAUCCGAUGAUCCAGUUCGGCGCCGUCUGGCUCGGCAUCCUGAACUCGUUCUGGAAGAUCAUCAUCAUGUCCACGAUGUCCCAGCAGUUCCGGCUCCUGGUGCGGCUCCUGUUCCUGACCAUCUGCUGCAAGACCAAGGGCAGGAUGCAGGCCGAGCUGAUCGGCCUGGACGUAGACGACUAAGUCGCUCCCCAAACGAAAAUAUAUAACUGGAAUCCAGUCCUUCGUCAAGCGUCAAAUGAAACUGCGCUCAGUAAACAUCAACAACAACUACAACAUCAGUGCUACAAGCUCCAAAACAAAGUAAAAGAAAAACAAACCAAAUUCAAAUCUUCCUGCAAAACCAAAACAAAACGAUCGAUGCCGGAUCGAUAAAGCAAAAACAACAAACAAGUCGAAAAGCAAGAACAAAACUCAAUUAACUAAAACAAAUGUCGUAAUUUUAUCUAGAAUCUAUAAUAACAAAAACAACCUAUAGCAAAAACCAACCUGUAUCCAAGUGUAUCGUUUAGUAAAAAAAAAACAAACAAAAAACAAGUUCAUAUUAUCUUUAAAAAAAAACAACUAAAAAUAAACGUACGCUCUUAGAAUAAAAACAGAAAAAAAAACAAUGAUAGCUGCAGACAAAAAAAACCAACACAAGAAAAAAAAUCAAACAAAAAACGUCUUACUGCGACAGCAACACGAAAAGCGAAUUUUAGAAAAUACAAGCAACAACAACUCACUAAAGUCACAAGAACAAUCAUUUUUCGCUAUUAACAUGUAAACAUACAAACGAAUGAAAAAAAAAUUAAAGAAAACAAACUCAAAGCUACGUAAAAACGAAAAGCUUAAGUCGUCGAUGUAUUACGUUCACUUGUUAAAGUAAAAAACGAAUCUUUCAACCUUUUGAUAAAUUAUUCAUUUAAAAGUAAAACUGAAACGAAAUCUCUGAGAACAAUUGGACAUAUAGUCAGGUCACCGAUCCACUAAUUGUCAGAUCGUUUCGUAGCAAAAAAAAAAACAGGAAGAAACCGAUAGAUUCUGAAUAAAAUUUUGAAUCCCUAA